AUGCCUGGUCACAUGACCACAUUCGAAAAUCUACAGUACAUAUGUGAAUUAUGUCCCUUGUCUUUAAUCUACCUACUUCCAGUCUUUCUUUCCCCUUAUCCUCACUUUUAUUCUUUCCUCAUCCUUUCUGCUCUUUCUCUAUUCGCCUUAUAUUUCCUCUUUUUUCCACCGCCUUCCUUUCUUUUCCAUCAAUUUCUGUCAUUAGAUAACUGGCACGUAGAUAUUUACAGAGAUCGGCCGCCUCGUUAUAGGAUAAUGAUCCAGCAGAUACUACCGAUUAGAGAGUUAGAUCCUCACCGUGUGCCCUUUUCCUCAUUUCAAGAACACGCACAUCGACAGACGCGCAAUCAGACAGACGCGCACGCGCACCCAGACAGACGCGCACCCAGACAGACGCGCACGCGCAAUCUAGACAGACGCGCACUAGACAGACGCGCACGCGCAAUCAGACAGACGCGCAAUCCAGACAGACGCGCACGCGCAUCCAGACAGACGCGCACGACAGACGCGCACGCGCAUCUAGACAGACAAUCUAGACGCAAUCUGAGACAGACGCGCACGCGCACAGACAGACGCGCACGCGCAUCAGAGACGCGCAGACAGACGCGCGCGCGCAAUCUGACAGACGCGCACGCGCAAUCUAGACAGACGCGCAAUCCAGACAGACGCGCACGACGCGCACAGACAGACGCGCAAAUCUAG